AUGGACCCGAGACAUACAUCCGCCUCAAGCUUCUACGAGUACGAAUAUCGCCACCAUUCGUCCGCAAUCCCCAUGACUAUGUCCGAUUCACCUUUCUCCCACGGCCCAUUACCCAUACCGUCUCGAUCUGCCAUGCAUACUGUGCCUCCUCCUUUACCACCGCCCCCAAGGAUUCGGGACCUCGAAAAUGGAUAUGAUGCUGGAUGGCUUCACGCGAAUUCAGGCAGACCGCAUACUGUGCUUCCUCCCAUAAACCCGAAUUCGAGCCUAUUUGGGGGCCAUCGUCGACCCGAUUCGACACCGCGGAGCGACCGCAUGGUGGUGGACGAACUAGAAGGACGGCAAAGUGGGCCCCCGGUGUCACGCAGUCCAGAGGCCCAGAUCAAGAUUGAGCCGCCACCACCAACUGACGAUGGGUUUCCUAAUUCAAUGGCGGUCAAUUCUCCCUCAGAUCAGAUACUGAAGGGUGAACGGAAUUUUUCAUUACAGAGUGUCAAAGAUUCCUCGAACGCGUAUGACCAACAUUUACUGAACAAGAUUGGGAACUCAUUAUCUCCCGGGGCUGCUGCCAGUAUCGGAUCGGAUAAUCGGUCUCCGAUUCCGUCAUUGAUCGUCCCAUCGCGGCCUCCUAGUAAUAUGCCCUCUCCAGGCCCAUCAGAAGGAUCUACGCUUGAUGUGAAAUGGCACAAUAGCCCGCAGUCUGGAGGGGUAUCUCCUCGAUCGAAGAUUGGUUGGAAGGAGUAUAUUGAAGGCCGCAGCCCCAGCGUCGAAAGCAGCGCGCCUUCAGUGGCUUUGGAUUACGAGUACAUGCGCGAUAGCGUGGGUCGCAAGCGAUAUCACGGAACCAGUGCAUCUCGUGAAGGAAGUAUCAGCCUUCCAAGUCGUUCCAAUCGAGGAAGCUACGACCAGGGCGUAUUCUCGGACAUCGAGGUUGAUUUGCCCUCGGACGAACUGGCGCCACGAUUAUAUCUGGACGAGCCGGCACGACCCAGGCAAUUUAUUAUUCGCGAACCAACUCCGCCAUUCGAAAGCUCGAGGCAGGGAAUGAAACGGAGAGCUUCAUCCCCGCCGCGCGAGCCAAUAAACGACGACCGGCAUACCCUGCACGUCACAACAAGCAAUGGCGAUUUAUCUCAGCGGAGGACCACGGGGCAGCCCUUCACGAACAGCCUCACAGUGAACAGCACUGGACCUAGCAGUCACCGAGCCCUGUCCGCGGCCUCAUCCUUGAGUAUUAGAACUUCAGGCUCAUACUCUUCUACGCUUUCAAUCGGAGGUAGCAGUAUGACUAGCCUUUCGCCUUACGACCGACCAUCUCCCGGCGGUCUUUCACCAAGCUCGGAUCUUGAUACAUUUCACGAGAAGUCCAUCUUAAACCCCAGCCCUCCAAUGGCAUCUAUUCCAUCCCUUCCACGUGUGUUGGGCGCUAGCUCUCUUGAACCUCCGCUCACUGGUGCCACCGGCAAAGUGUCCAUGCCACCUAUGCUGAAUGCUUCCCAACCUGUCGGACCCAAGCUCGUCGGGCUCUAUAUAUGCGAUUGCUGUCCCAAAAAACCAAAGAAGUUCGACAAUCCGGACGAUUUAAGCAAUACUCCUGCCAAUACUGCAACAACCGCUUCAAGAACAAAAACGAAGCCGAGCGCCACCAAAACUCCCUCCAUCUCCGCCGUCACUCCUGGUCUUGCGCCGCCCUCCCCAACUUCCAAGCCGCCUUCCACGGCUCCGCCUCCUCAAACUACCAAACUGCCGCAGGACCCUCGCAUGACUCCUGCGGGUACUGCGGGGGAAGAAUUCCCCAAUUUCCCUCAACCAGACUGGGACCGCCGGUUCGAGCAUCUGACUACGGUGCACAAGUUCGGCGAGUGCAACAACGCCAAGAAGUUCUUUCGAGCCGAUCAUUUCCGGCAGCAUUUGAAGCACAGCCACGCGGGAACUAGCGGGAAAUGGACUAAUAUCCUUGAGAACGCUUGCAUGAAAGAGGAGCAGCCGCCCGAGCCGAGAGACAAGAUUUCUGGCUCGGGUGCUGGCUCUGGGUCUUUAGUCUCGAAUUCUAUCGAGGAGGUCAUGAGUGAACAAUGA